AUAACUUUUGUAGACCUUCAGCAAAAGCCUAUGAGUUAUUACUAACCUUUAUGUUUGAUUGGUUUUUAUCAUGUGAAAGAGGUAUUUAACAUGUAUUUCUGGCUGCCAUAGAAGUGAUUGUGUGGACUAGGCUCGUAUUCAAGUCAGAGACAGAUAGACAUACAUGCCUCUGCCUUCUGAGUCCUUGGAUUAGAGGACUCAAAGCAUCCAGCUUUUUCAUCUUAUUUUUCUUUUUUGUAGUUAGAAAUUAAUCAUUCAUACAAUCUCUCUUAUCUGUACUCUGUACUCAUGUUCUGUUUAUGUAUCUUUCAUUGUUGGUUAGUAGGCAUUUCUCUUGCAAAGUGAUAUCCUAUUCAACGGGUUCAGAAAUGACCAAGGUGAACCUCCUAUUCAGUUUGCUUCUAAAGUGACUUGGUGAUUAAAUUGUGAUGUCUAUGCCGUGGAAUAAGUAUGGGGAACACCAUAAUUGUAUGACUAUACUGUCAAAGAAGUAUACAUUUACAGUGUUGCAAAAUCAUACUUUCUUUUGUACACAUGUAUGGAAUUUUAGAAUGCAGUGACCUGUGAUGACGUGCAUGUCGACUUCACUUGGGAAGAAUGGACUUUGCUGAAUCCUUCCCAGAAGAGUCUCUACAAAGAUGUGAUGGUGGAGACCUACAGAAACCUCACUGCUAUAGGAUAUAAUUGGGAAGACCAUAAUAUUGAAGAACAUUGUCAAAGUUCUAGAAGACAUGAAAGGCAUGAAAAAAGUCAAACUAGCGAGAAAACUUCUGUAUAUACUCAAUGUGUUAAAGCCUUUGCAUGUCAUCUUCACAGGCAUGAAAAAACAUAUACUAGAUUGAAGCCCUAUGAAGAAAAUGAGUGUGGUAAAGCUUUUGCACAUCACAGUCAUCUUGAAAUGCACAAUAGAUCUUACACUGGAGAGAAACCCUAUGAAUGUAAUCAGUGUGGUAAAGCCUUUGCACAGUACGGUCAUCUUCAAAAUCAUGAACGAACCCAUACUGGAGAGAAACCCUAUAAAUGUAAUCAAUGUGGAAAAGCCUUUUCAUGUUCCGGUAGUCUCCUAAAGCAUGAAAGAAUCCAUACUGGAGAGAAACCUUAUGAAUGUAAUCAGUGUGGUAAAGCCUUCGCACACCAUGGUAAUCUUCAAAAUCAUGAACGAACCCAUACUGGAGAGAAACCGUAUAAAUGUAAUCAGUGUGGUAAAGCCUUUUCAUGUUCCAGUACUCUCCAAAGGCAUGAAAGAACCCAUACUGGGGAGAAACCCUAUGAAUGUAAUCAGUGUGGUAAAGCCUUUGCUUGUCCCGGUUAUCUCCAAAAGCAUAAAAGAACCCAUACUGGGGAGAAACCGUAUGAAUGUAAUCAGUGUGGUAAAGCUUUCGCGCAGCAAGAUUAUCUUCAAAUUCAUAAAAGAACCCAUACUGUGGAGAAAACCUAUGAAUGUAAUCAGUGUGGUAAAGCCUUUGCUCUUCUCAGUUAUCUCCAAAAACAUAAAAGAGCCCAUACUGGGGAGAAACCGUAUGAAUGUAAUCAGUGUGGUAAAGCCUUUGCAUGUUCCAGUACUCUCCAAAAUCAUGAAAGAAGCCACACUGGAGAGAAACACUAUGAAUGUAAUCAGUGUCGUGAAUCCUUUUUACAGCACAUUCAUCUACAAAGUCAUGAAAUUAGACAUGCUGGAGAGAAAACCCUAUGAAUGUAAUCAGUGUUGUAAAGCCUUUGUAUGUCACAGUAGUCUCCAAACACAUGAAAGAACACAUACUGGAGAGAAACCCUAUGGAUAUAAUCAAUGUGGUAAAGCCUUUGCAUGUAUAGUGAUC